AUGAAGCCUUCAUUGAAACCUACUCUUAAUCCUGGCUCUGCUCCUAGGCCUGCCGCCAAGCCUACCUUGCGAGCAACCCAAUACGCUGAGGAGUACGAUAUCGCAGAACCACUCAUUGCGUCCAUCCUUUGGGGUCGUUCCAGCGAAAGGAAACAAGCCUCCCUUCAGCUUGACUCUGUAAAUGAUCAAAUUCGGGCAAAGAACAUUAAACACAAGAUUCCUAAAGCAAAUGGAUGUAUCGAUAUUGCCGCCUUCAAGAUCGCUGCCGAGCAGCUAGGUCAAGCUUCAAUAGCCUUUGCGGCAAGUCAAGACACCAAAUUGUUCUCGCAUACGAAGAGCGAGCUCGACAAAUGUAUCAGUCGAGGCAAAUUGCCUAAGUCUUGGAACAUUGAAUGGGGGGAAUUUCUGGAUUUUCAUGGUGAACGAGUUGCUCGAUUGAACACACAACUCAAUCAGCACAAAAAAAACCGGAACGUCCAAAGGAACCGUUCUGAUGAACCGGAGAAUAGAUACAAUGAUGGAGAUGUGCAGACAAGAUACCAUAAAGAUUCCGGUGUUGACGAUGAGGAGAAUGAGGAGGAAGCCCAGGAUGAGUACCUUGACGGAGAGGACAAAUACAGUGACCAAGAAGACGAAUACUAUGAUGAUGAUGAUGAGGAGGAGGAGGAGGAGGAGGAAUACGACGAGUAUGACGACGAAGAAAUUGAAUAUGAUCGGGGCGAGAGAGAUGGAUACGACGAAGGCAAAGGUGAAUAUAGUGAAGAGAAUUUGCUCGAUCAGGAGGUCCUAGGUCAUGAUUCCUCUGAUGAUGGCCCAGAAUUGGUCUACCACACAGAGCGCGAGCUAGAGUGCGUCGACAUUGGUUUGGUUAGACGCCGAGCACAACAUCACUAUGGGCUUCUCUUGGCCUCGGGGUCCAUCCUCGGUUGGCGAAAGACUAAGCUGGCAGGCGUGGCAGCAGUGAUGGGAUACGAGUGUCGAGGUAAGAGGACUGCCCGUGUGAGGCAGCACAAGGAACCAAAUGAUGGAGCGGAGUCUGUGAUGAAGGACCGCUCUUUGCCAAUUCUCGGGAUUGGCUUGAUAGCUUGGGAAGUGGAUUCAAAGUCUGUAUUCGAGCCAACGAAGUCCUUGUACCCGACUCCAAAUGGGAAAUAUCCGGCUACAUUUAUUGCAGUGCGUUGGGAGGGUGAUAUCUGGACAUGGGAGUCUCGCGAGGAAUUCCAUUGCUUGAUGAAAGACCUCAGCCAGUUCGAGGUUGACAUCCUCUUAUACUUCAUGGCAAUAUCCCAGGAAGGAGACUAUCUCAAGGCCAUGACCGGGGAAAAACCGACAUUCCCAGUUCCAGGCUUUGACAUUGCAAGCACCUAA